CGUCUCUAUGGCUGCUAUAGACGCUGGCAGGGAUUGAUCUAGAGAAGAGGCUGAAUGGGAGGCCGUAGCUAGCUAGGUAACGGGACUUUGGAUAUACGGUGCCAUCAUAACUGUACUCCUACGGAUAAGAUUUCACGUUUUGCGAAUAAUGUGACUGGAUCUGAAAGGAAUGCGCAAACAAGACACAGCUGGUGGUGGAAAACAAGACCCAGGUUUCUUUUCUAGCCUAGACCUAAAGAUUUUGGAUUCUAUGAUGAUUGACUAGUAUGUUCAGCCUCAUGGCAAAGUGCUGGAAUUGGUUCAAGCAGUGUCGACAACCAAUCAGGAAGGUGACCCUGGCAAUGGUUGGACUUGACAAUGCAGGAAAAACUGCAGCAGUUAAAGGAAUACAAGGAGAGUCCCCUGAAGAUGUUGCUCCAACUGUUGGAUUUUCCAAAUCAGAAAUGAAAAUGGGGAAGUUUGAUGUGACCAUAUUUGAUCUUGGUGGUGGCAAGCGAAUACGUGGUAUAUGGAAGAACUAUUAUGCUGAAAGUUACGGUAUUGUGUUUGUUGUGGACUCUAGUGACCCAGAAAGGCUAGAAGAAGCCAAAGAGACGGUUACUGAAGUUCUAAGGCAUCCUAAAAUAGCAGGAAAACCAGUGCUUGUAUUAGCAAAUAAGCAGGACAAAGAGGGUGCCCUAGCAGAGGCAGACAUCAUUGAAUAUUUAUCACUUGAAAAACUUGUCAACGAAAACAAGUGCUUGUGUCAAAUUGAACCAUGCUCAGCCAUUCUUGGUACUGGGAAAAAGCUUGACAAAUCGAUAAAGAAAGGUCUAAACUGGCUCUUGGGAACCAUAGGUAAAGACUACGAUGCCAUAAAUAGUCGAGUAGUAAAAGAUACCACUGAACAAAGAGCACAAGAGGAACAAGAAAAACAGGAAAGGGCAGAAAGAGUGAGGCAAAUAAGAGAAGAAAGAGAGCAAAAGGAAAGAGAGGAAGCUGAGCGAGAAGGCAGACCCUUUACAGAGGAGGAGUCUGAGCCAGUUGUGGUGAAUCCAUUUCAGCCUAUAUCCGCUGUUAUUACUGAGAAUGAAUUCAAAACAAAAAAGCAGAAAGAGAAAAUGAAGGAAUGGAACAAUACCCCCUAUGGUGAUGGUGAGAUUCAUCUUGGGUCCCCAGGCCUUCCAGCACCCACACAUGUUGAAGAUGAAGCUGGUUCCAUCACUCAGAACCCUAGUGAAUGUGAAGACAUUGAUACAUACAGAUGGGCACUGACUGCACAGCUGCAACAGGAAGAGCGAGACAUUCAGAGUCGUGGCAGUAUAGAUUCUGGCAAGAUGUUAGCAGAGGAUGCAUCUUGUAACACUCCAGAUAGCGCAAAAAAGAAACCCUCCAUGUUCAGGUUCAAACGGAGUCACAAGGUUGAACCUAUCAAUGCAGAUGAUGCAGGUCCAGAUAAUCCAAGUCCCCCAAAUCCACUUCCGCCUGCACCUGUCGGAUGGGGAACCCCCAGAGUUUCUAGGCUGCCAAGACUUGAGCCUCUUGGUGAUACACAUCUAAAUGAUUUUUAUGGCAAGCCUCUUCCUCCUGUAAAUGUGAGACAAAGACCAAACAGUGAAACACACGAUAUCAUUUCCUAACGGAUAUCUUACCAUCCAAUAGUGAACAUUCCUGCACAGAAUCAUAAAUGGCUUCUGAUUUUAAUACAUGAAUCCCUUUGCUUGAUGAAAUGGGAAAUUUGUGCACUAAAAAUUUCACUUUAGAUACAAAGCAUAACAUGCUACAGUACAAAUGAUGUAAAGGUUUCACAGAUGUUCUUCAUGUUUCACUGUUGCAGUCAUUACACUUCGGUUAUCCUGCUGGCAGGCUACCCUCAGUCG